AUACUGAGAAUUGAGCGAUCCAUGUGACGGUAUAGGAUCCGAAGCUGUCCGCUCCCAUCACGUUACAUCCCAAGAUUAGCAGCAGCAGAAGCAGCAGCUCUACCAGUGUGGUCUCUCUUUCUAUAUAUUUAACAGGCGGCGAACCGGUGGCUUCCACCUCCUCCUUUCUCCUCCUAUCAUGGCUUCCUUCUCUAAUGGCCUUCUCGCGGUGGCCAUCCUCUCUCUGCUGGCGAGCGCCGCCCAGGCUCAGCUGUCGCCGGCGUUCUACGCCGUGACGUGCCCCGACCUGGAGAGCGUCGUGCGGUCGGUCAUGGCGCAGGUCGUCGGCCAGGAUCCCCGGAUGGGCGCCUCCGUCAUUCGCCUCUUCUUCCAUGACUGCUUCGUCAACGGCUGCGACGCGUCCGUCCUCCUGGAUGACACACCGACGAUGAGGGGCGAGAAGAACGCGAUGGGGAAUAUGAACUCCCUCCGCGGCUACGAGAUCAUCGACGCCAUCAAGUCACGCGUGGAGGCGUCGUGCCGGGCCACGGUGUCCUGCGCCGACAUCGUCGCCCUCGCCGCGCGCGACUCGGUGAGCCUGCUCGGGGGACCGUCAUGGACGGUGCUGCUGGGCCGCCGCGACGCCAGGACCGCGAGCGUAGACGCCGCCAACGCCAACCUCCCGCCGGCCUCCGACAACAUCAGCAGCCUCGUCACCAAGUUCGCCGCCAAGGGGCUCGACCUGCGGGACCUGACGGCGCUCUCCGGCGCGCACACCGUCGGCGCGGCGAGGUGCAGCAGCUUCCGACCCCACGUCUACAGCGACGCCAACGUCGACCCGGCGUUCGCCAUGUUCAGGAGGCGGAUCUGCCCGGCCACCGGCGGGGACUCCAACCUGGUCCCGCUCGACUCCACGAGCCCCAACCGCUUCGACGUCAGCUACUACCGGGACCUGAUGGUCCGACGGAGCCUGCUGCACUCCGACCAGGAGCUGUUCAACAACGGGCCGGCGGAUGACCUGGUGCGUCUGUACAGCUCCAGCGGCAGCGCCUUCAACAGGGACUUCACGGCGGCCAUGGUGAAGAUGGGCAACAUUAGCCUCUUGACGGGGUCCGAUGGGGAGAUCAGAUUGGAUUGCCGGAGGGCUAACUGAUGACCAUCCAACCAAUUCUUUACUGCAAGAAGGAAUACGUAUACAUGCACGUACGUACGCAGAAGAACUUGCGAAGAUUACUCGUUUGGUAGCCAAAUUUAAUUGCUUCUUCACCUCACUGUCAUCGCAUAUGUGGUUAAGACUAUGAGUCUGGUCAUAUUAUUGCUCCGGUGAAAUAACAUUGCUCGGAACAAGUGAAUGGACCGAGAGGAAA